AGGGAGAGACAUGCAAAGCUUUCAUACAAGUUUCCAAUAGGUAAUUCAUUUCUGGAGUCGACUACCUGCUUUGAGCAAAGGUCUGUUCUUCAUCUCCCGAGGAUCAGUUGAUGUUACUACACCAAGUUAACAGAAGAUAACCAAGGAUGAGCACCGAUUUAGAAAUAAGCAAUGGCGUGGCUGUCUUGGACAUUUGUAAUGAUAGCAAGCCAACUGGGAAUGGCUCUGUAGUGGAAAACGGGGACUGUCCUGCUUCAUCUCUGGGGAAGCAGGAGACAGAUCCAGGUAGCAACAUCGCAGCGCCGGCAAAACCUCCCAGAGCACAUGCAUCUGAAGAGGGACCCAAUCCACAGAGCCCACCAGAGGAACCCAAAGCUGUUCCACUAUCCUCCACGAGUUUGGCUACAACAUUGACACCUGCCGAGCACCUAUGGACCACCGGCAGAGACAAGGCAGUGAAGCUGAGGAUGGAGGGGUCCGGGCCGGCAGCGGAGACCCCGAUCACCACUCAUCAGAUGUUCCUGGAGACAGUGGAAAAUUAUGGGGAUCAUCCAGCGCUGGCAUACAAGAAGGAUGGACAGUGGGUGACUUUGACUUACAGGCAGUACUACGAACAGUGUCGAGCUGCUGCUAAGAGUUUCCUCAAGCUGGGACUUGAGCGCUUUCAUGGUGUGGGUAUACUUGGAUUCAAUGCUCCAGAGUGGUUCAUUGCAGAUAUUGGCUGCAUUUUUGCUGGUGGUCUGGCAGCUGGCAUCUACACUACCAACUCUCCUGAAGCGUGCCAGUAUGUGGCUGCAAACUGUGAGGCCAACGUCCUGGUCGUGGAGGACAAGAAACAACUGGACAAGAUCCUGCAGGUGAAAGAUCAACUCCCUCACCUGAAAGCCAUUGUUCAGUAUAAGGGUGAGCUGCAUCAGAAAGCACCGUUCCUCUACACAUGGGACGAGUUCAUGAAGCUUGGUGAGGAUGUGCCCAACGAGCAGCUCAAUGCAGUCAUCAGCAGUCUUCGGGCAAAUGAGUGCUGCACACUCAUCUACACAUCAGGGACUACGGGCAAUUCGAAGGGUGUCAUGUUGAGCCACGACAAUAUCACAUGGACCACACUGACAGGUGGUAAAAUGGCUGGACUUAACUACAAGGAGGAGGUUUUUAUCAGUUACCUGCCACUGAGCCACGCAGCAGCACAAAUGAAUGACAUGUGGCUUUGUAUGAGAUAUGCAGGGACCACCCACUUUGCACAACCAGACGCCCUCAAGGGAUCUCUAGGUACAACCAUGAAAGAGGUGCGACCCACGUCUUUCCUUGGGGUUCCUCGAGUUUGGGAGAAGAUGCAGGAGAAGAUGAAAGCUGCUGGAGUCAAGGCUUCACCCAUGAGGAGACGAGUGGCUGACUGGGCCAAGUCCAUCGGUCUACAGUACAACUACAGUGCCAUGAAUGGGGAGAAUGCGGUGCCGUGGGGCUUCACAUUGGCCAACAGUCUGGUUUUUAAAAAGGUGCGCGCUGCUCUGGGUAUGGAUCGCUGCAAAUUGUGUCUGACAGGAGCCGCACCCAUCACCAAGGAAACACUGGAGUACUUCAUGAGCCUGAACCUGCCUCUGAUGGAGUUAUACGGCAUGAGUGAGAGUUCCGGGCCACACACCGUCUCUGUGCCCAAUGCUUACAGGCUCACAAGUUGUGGAAAGGUGAUGCCUGGCUGCAAAACAAAACUGGAAAAUCCAGAUAAAGAUGGGAACGGAGAGAUCUGUUUCUGGGGCCGUCAUGUGUUCAUGGGAUAC